CACUUCCACGUGAAGAACGCGUCGCCUUUUGCCCUUUGCACGCUAAACACCUCCCAUCAGUCGCGUGCUGAUAUCACAUCACCGCCCGCGACAUCAUGUCUAGCGAGAACAGUCACACCACGCCUCCGGCCGAGGGCGCGACGCCAGCCGUCGAGACGAAGGAGGACGCAACUAAGAACACUGCUGCCGAGGCUCAGAAGGAGGAGGCUCCCGCCGCCGAGCCCAAGCCCGCCGCCGAGUCUGAGGCUGAGCCUUCCGCUGCCGCAGCAGAGCCCACGAAAGACUCUGACAAGGCCGCUGAAGGGUCCACCGAGAAGCCUGCCGAUCAAGCCGAGGAGAAGCCUGACGUCGAAAUGGCAGACGACGCCACCCCAGCUGAGUCUGCGCCGCAGACCGCCGAUGCUGCCGAACCCUCGGGGACAGAGCAAGCCGAGCAGCCCGCUACCGAUGCUGCCGACGCGGGCUCCGCGGACGCGGAUAAGUCCAAAUCGCGGCGCAAGUCAACCGGUGGUGGUGCGGCGAAAGGCAAGAAGCUGAACAAGAAGGCGUCGAAAGCGCGCACGUUGCACCUGGAUGCCAAGCCAGGCGACCACUACUUUGUCAAGCUCAAGGGCUUCCCCCAAUGGCCGGUCAUCAUCUGCGACGAGGACAUGCUCCCGGCAUCGCUCCUCAAGUCUCGGCCGGUGACAGCGAAGCGCGCCGAUGGCACCUACCGUGAGGACUACGCUGAUGGGGGCAAGAAUGUAGCCGACCGGACGUUCCCGGUCAUGUACCUGCACACCAACGAAUUCGGUUGGGUGCCAAAUACCAGCUUGAUCGAUCUUGAUCCCGCGACGGUCCUCAACACUAACCUGGACAAGAUGAGGAAGCCGCUGCAAGCUGCGCAUCAAUUGGCGGCCGAAAACCAUCCGUUGUCGUAUUACAAGGAAGUGCUCCAGAACUACCAGGAAGAGCUCAUUGAGCAGGAGAAAGCCAAAGCGGCAAAGGCGGCCACGCCAAAGGGCAAGAAGUCCAAGGCCGCCAGCGAGGACGGCGAUGACGUCGAGAUGGAGGAUGCGCCUGCGGCCGAGACUCCGGCUAAAGACAAGAAGGCCAAGAAGAGGAAGGCCGAGGACAGCAUGGAGACACCUCAGCGUUCGGAUUCGGUCAAGAAGCCAAAGAUCAAGUUGACGACGAAUUCCACACCCAAGGGAGCGAACGGGGCGACGGCCACUCCAAAGUCGACCAAGGCUGCCGACUCCAAGAGCGCAAAGUCCAAGGGGAAGAAGAAGGAUGCGGAUGAGGGGAAAGCACAGGAGGCCGCGGUCACCAAGGAGCCAGAGCUCUCGGCGGAGGAGAAGUACAUUAGGAAGACGAAAGAGAUCUAUUUCCUCCGGCACAAGCUUCAGAAGGGUCUGCUCACGACUGCUCAAAAGCCCAAGGAGGAGGAGAUGAAGGUCAUGUCGGAUUACGUCACGAAGCUCGAGGGAUUCCCCGACCUCGAAGUCAGCAUCAUCCGGGAGACCAAGAUUCACAAGGUCUUGAAGGCGAUCUUAAAGCUGGAGGAAAUUCCCAAGGAGGAUGAGUUCAAGUUCAAGCCGCGCUCGCAGGCCCUGCUCGACAAGUGGAACAAGCUGCUGGCCGCCGAUCCGACCCCGGCGGCGCCCGCUGCCGAGGUGAAUGGCACAUCCAAGGGAGCGUCGAAGGCAAACGGCGCCGUGGAAAAGAGUGAGCCAGCCGAGCCCGCAAAGCCCAAGGAGGAGGGCAAGGAGGCGGGUAAGGAGGAGACAAAGGAGGAGGUUAAGGAAGAGUCCAAGGAGGAUACCGAGCAAAAGUCGAAGGUGGAGGCCAAACCUGAGGACGGGCCCGAAAAGGCUGCCGAGGAGGUGAGUUGCACUCAUUCUGGGUAACAAUCGGAUAGGAGACCAAUACACAGCUGAAGAACAAGGCCCCUGAGGCUGUUGAGGCGUCGGCGUAGGCGAGUUCUGCCCCGCCUCGGGCCACGAGUUAAGGGUUGAAGUCCAGUCCUCCGCCACG